AAGCAGGAGAGGAAAGUCUUUCAGUCUUUCUAGUUCUACCAACAACAAGUACGAACCAAUACUAAUAAUAAUAUUAUUAUUAUUCUCACGGGUAAAUAAAUAAAUAAAAUGGUGCGUGCAUAGUAAUAGGCUAAUAGGGUAGUAGUUUCUUCAUGUUGGGUAGUUGGAACUCCUUAAGCAGCUUCAGAGUCUGAGAAGUGAGAAGCGGAAGAAGAAGCGAUGCGUUUUUGCCCGUGUUUUGGAUCCGAGGAGGCCAAGGGGGUGGCGGAUCGCGACCCGGUCCUGCUGGUUUCGGGCAUGGGCGGCUCCAUUGUCAAUUCCAAGCCCAAGAAAUUCGGGUUCACCACUCGGGUUUGGGUCAGACUCCUCCUCGCUGACGUCGAGUUCCGAAACAAGAUUUGGUCCCUUUACAAUCCCCAAACAGGUUACACUGAAACGUUGGACAAGAAGUCUGAAAUUGUGGUCCCUGACGAUGAUCACGGCCUCUAUGCGAUCGAUAUUUUGGAUCCAUCAUGGUUUACCAAGUGUAUACAUUUGACGGAGGUGUAUCAUUUUCAUGACAUGAUUGACAUGCUUGUUGGAUGUGGUUACAACAAGGGAACCACACUCUUUGGAUACGGAUAUGAUUUCAGGCAAAGCAAUAGGAUUGGCAAGGUAAUGGAAGGUCUUAAAAGCAAGUUGGAAACUGCUCACAAAGCUUCUGGGGGAAGAAAAGUCAAUUUGAUUUCCCAUUCCAUGGGAGGAAUCAUGAUAUCGUGUUUCAUGUCGCUUUAUAGAGAUGUGUUUACGAAAUAUGUGAAUAAGUGGAUUUGCUUGGCUUGCCCUUUCCAAGGAGCCCCAGGGUGCAUCAAUGAUUCUUUAUUAACUGGAUUAGAGUUUGUUGAUGGCUUUCAAAGCUAUUUUUUUGUGAAAAGGUGGACUAUGCAUCAAUUGCUAGUGGAGUGUCCAUCAAUCUAUGAGAUGUUGGCAAAUCCAUAUUAUGAAUGGAAAAAGCAACCAGAAAUUCUAGUUUGGCGAAAGCAUACCAAGGAUGGGGACAAUAACAUCAAUUUGGAAUCUUAUGGACCAACCCAGAGUAUCUCUUUAUUUGAAGAAGCACUGAGGGACAAUGAGGUAAAUUAUAAAGGGAAAACGAUAUCACUGCCUUUUAACUUUGAUAUCCUUGACUGGGCUGUUGAAACACGUCAACUUAUAGCUAAUGCUAAACUGCCAGAUGGAGUCUGUUUCUAUAACAUUUAUGGGACAUCAUUGGACACACCUUUUGAUGUUUGUUAUGGUUCGGAAAACUCUCCAAUAGAGGACUUAUCUGAAAUAUGCCACACAAUGCCACUAUAUUCUUACGUCGAUGGAGAUGGAACGGUUCCUUCUGAAUCUGCCAAGGGUGAUGGACUUGAAGCCACUGAAAGGGUGGGAGUUGCUGCUUCUCACCGUGGAAUAUUACGAGAUGAAACAGUGUUUCAACAUAUUCAAAAAUGGUUGGGUGUUGAGCCAAUGGUUGGCAAGCAUUCUAAAACAUCAAAAGUGGCAGAUGCUCAGCCUAUGGUUCUAUGAACUUGUUAUUUUCGUUCCUCAUUGACCAAAAGAGAAUAUUAUUCCAUGCUUUUCUUUUUCUUCUUUUUUUAAGAGAAAAAGAAAACAAGCUUAGAAAGACCUUAGAUAACAUUGUUUGUGCAAUAAACAAUUUGGCGUAUGUUCAGGUAAUCUAAAUUACCUGGGUGUAAUGUAAUUUCAUUAUGCUCCAAUAUUAUAGACUUUUCAUUGGGCCGUGUACUAUAUUUGGUGGUCAAAAAGCAAUUGCAUCUUUCGCUUGUCCGGCC